AUGGAUAGUUGUGCUGAAGUGCGUUGUUUCCUUGAUGGUUCUCUCGCAUUUGAACUUCUUAGAGCCGAUGAAUAUCUGUGGGCAGAGUUAUCCAAGCAUCAAUGGAAUGAGAAUUUUGGUGGUCAGAUAUGGAUUCCAUAUUCGAGAGCAUUCCUUUUAAGUGAGAGGCGUGUGAAGAUUAUGGCCAUGCAUUCAUCAAAAAAGGUAAGAGAAGAAGAUUUUGUUGAAGAGUUUGUUAUCAAGGGAUCCAAUGGGUACGUACCACGUGGCGAUUCCUCUGUAGGUUGUGAUUCUGGACGUGAGUGCGCCGACUUUGCCACAGGUGUUCCAUUCGUUGUACACGUGCCAGAAUAUGUUUGUUGUUCAUUUUUCGAUGCUAGUGACGAGAAGGUUGGUUCAUGCGCCACUACUGCAAAUAAAAUUACUGGUUCACGAGCCUCCAAUUCUGGCCAUGAUUGUGGGUUUUCCAAUGAAAGUUGUGAGGUUGAUGACGCUCCUGGAUUUGCUCGAAGCUGGGGACCAUAUUCCUUAGAUUGA